CUGUAAGCCCCAGGCCUGGCUGUGUACCCACUUGUCCCUGCGAGCCAUGAGCCGACUCCGGGUUGCACGCCUCAGGCCGUUGGAGCUUCUGCUGCCACUGCUACCGCUGCUGCUUGGGACGCGGCCCCACGGCAGUCCAGGCCCACUGCAGUGCUACAGCGUCGGCCCCUUGGGAAUCCUGAACUGCUCUUGGGAACCUCUGGACGACCUGGAGACUCCGCCUGUGCUGUAUCACCAGAGUCAGAAAUACCAUCCCAAUAGAAUCCGGGAGGUGAAGGCGCCUUCCAGGCAGAGCUGGGUGACCAUUCCCCGGGAACAGUUCACCAUGGCUGACAAACUCCUCAUCUGGGGGACACAAGAGGGACAACCUCUCUGGUCCCCUGUCUUUGUGGACCUGGAGACCCAAAUGAAGCCAGACACCCCACAGUUCUUCUCUCUUGUGGACAUUUCUAAAGAAGCAACCCUGGAGGCCACUGUGCAGUGGGCACCGCCUGUGUGGCCACGGCAUAAAGCUCUCAUCUGUCAGUUCCAGUACAGGGAAUGCCGGGCUGAAGAGUGGACCCAGCUGGAGCCACAGCUGAACACAGAUGGGCUGACUCCUGUUGAGAUGCAGAACCUGGAACCUGGCACCAGCUACCAGGUGUCCGGCCGCUGCCAGGUGGAGAAUGGAUAUCCAUGGGGCGAGUGGAGUCCGGCCCUGUCCUUCCAGACGCCAUUCUUGGCUCCUGAAGAUGUGUGGGUAUCGGGGACCGUCUGUGAAACAUCUGGCAAACGGGCAGCCCUGCUUGUCUGGAAGGACCCAGGACCCUGUGUGCAGGUGACUUACACAGUCUGGUUUGGGGUUGGAGCUAUUACUACAACUCAAGAAGAGGUUCCGUGCUGCAUGUCCCCUAUCCCUGCACGGAUGGAGUGGGCUGCGGUCUCUCCUGGCAACAACACUAGCUGGGCGCCUCCCACCAACCUGUCUCUGGUGUGCUCAGCUCCAGAGUCUGUCCCCCAUGAUGUGGCAGUCAGUAGUACUGACGGGAGCCCAGGGAUAAAAGUGACCUGGAAACAAGGAACCAAGACACCGUGGGAGUACGUGGUGGACUGGGCUCAAGAUGGUGACAGCCUGGACAAGCUAAACUGGAUCCGUCUCCCCCCUGGAAACCUUAGCACUUUGUUACCAGGGGAUUUCAAAGAAGGGGUCCCCGGGGUCCCCUAUCGAAUUACAGUGACUGCAGUGUACUCUGGAGGCUUAGCUGCUGCACCCUCGGUCUGGGGAUUCCUAGAGGAAUUAGUACCCCUUGCUGGGCCAGCAGUUUGGCGACUCCCAGAUGACCCCCCAGGGACACCUGUUGUAGCAUGGGGAGAGGUACCAAGACACCAGCUCCGAGGCCAGGCUACUCACUACACCAUCUGCAUACAGAGCAGAGGCAUCCCCACAACCUGCAUGAAUGUGAGCAGUCAAACCCAAACUGUCACUCUGUCCAGUCUUCAACCGGGUUCCUUCAAGCUGUGGGUGAUGGUGUCCACCGUUGCAGGACAGGGCCCACCUGGUCCCAGCCUUUCGCUUCACCUACCAGAUAACAGGAUCAGGUGGAAAGUUCUGCCCUGGGUUCUGUCCCUGUGGGGCUUGCUUCUGGUGGGCUGUGGACUGAACCUGGCCAGUACCAGGUGCUUACACCAGCGAUACAAGUUGUUUCCCCACUGGAUCUGGGAGACGGUUCCUGACCCUGCCAACAGCAGUUCUGGGCAACCUUACAUGAAGGAGGUGAGCCUGCCCCAACCACCCAAGGAAGGACCCAUCCUGGAGGUGGAGGAAAUGGAGCUACAGCCUGUUGUGGAAUCCCCUAAAGCCCCUGCCCCAAUUUACUCUGGGUAUGAGAAGCACUUCCUGCCCACACCGGAGGAGCUAGGCCUUCUGAGCCCUCCAGCUCCCAGGUUCUAGCCUGUUCUGCUUCAGGCUAGGGGCUAUAUCCCUGUCUUGGGUUAGACUUUUUUAUUUUUAGUUUUCUGAGACAGGAUCUCACUAUGGCUGGCCUGGAAUUCACAGAGACUCACCUGGCUCUGCCUCCCAAGGACUGAAAAGAAAGGAGUGUGCCUCCCUGCCCGACCAGCUUUUGCUCUCCUUGCCUCUGGGUCUUUGGCAUCUGUCUGUUACUGCAGAAGAAUCAAUGCCCUUACAGCCACAACCCCAUCGCUGUUAUUUCCUCGUUGUGUCAGAGGCCUGAUAGGUAGCCAAGGCUGGCCUCGAACUUGUGAUCCUCAUGCUGCAGCGUCUCUAGUGCUGGGAUUACAGGUGUGCGUCAACUCAUCCAGUCACAACCUCUGAAUCUAGUAAGGUCAACUUCCAAGCAGGGUAUGAGGGAUGAUUUGAAAGACACGCUCAAGGGCCCGAAGCAGUUAAGAGCCCAUGUUUUCUUGCAGUAGACCAAAGUUUGGUUCCCUGCCUUUGCAGAGGACCCGCGUUCAGUUUCCAGCACCCACAGGGCAGUUCAGAAUCACCUGUAACUCCAGGUCCAGGGAAUCCAGUGCCCUCUCCUGGCUUCUGUGAUCCCUGCAUGCACAUGGUUACUUAUGUACCGACAAAACACUCACACACAUAAAAUAAAAAUAAAUAAAUAAAUAAAAGAUAAAUAAUAAAUCUUUUUUUCUCAAA